AAAUCUAUCCCUUCCACCUCUACGAACAGCAAUGUUGAGCAAAGGUUGAGUGAGGUAGAGAAUAUGUUGGGUGGAUUAAUGCAGCUAAUGAAGGCAAGAUUCCCUAACGAGAAUAUCACAGAUAUUUUACAAGCUGCCAACGAAUUAGCUGCUGCCAACAGAUUGGAUAGAGAGGCACAUGCGGCCCGUCAAGAGGUUCCGGAUGCUAACAGUGGGCAAGCUUUUUCCCCAAAUAAUCGUUCCUCUUCACAUUCAAGCUAUCACCUUUUGUCUCACCAAAAUGAGGGUAAUGAAGAAAAUGAUAGGCAAAGGGACUGAAAGGCAUGUUUGUAUCUCUUCUUGGAUCUAUAAUUUCUAGUGACAAGCAUUUAAUUGAACUUCUUCAGAUUCGGCAAUUUUUGUUUUUGCCAAGAUCUGCUGUUUUGAGAUUGAUAUAUAUCUAUGGAAUUCCUCUUUUAUGGUUGCCAAUUUAGUGCAUCAAUUAACUAUUUUUUUUUUU